CGUUUCUCAGUCAGUAUGUAAAUUUUGAAUGAGAUACAGUGAUAUUGUCAAUCGGGUACACUAUUGCUGUCUUACGAUGCUUUUCAGCAACCUCUAAUGACGCGUUUGUGGAGUUAAAGAGCGAAAACAUCACAUCUGGGACAAUGUUUGCUAACGUUAGCCACAGUAAUGACCGUUUUCCUGGAAUGAGAUUCGCUUUCGGACCAGAGGAAGAAACAUGGUGAAAGAAGACACAUUCUCAGGCCAAACACCGAUCCAGCCCAACUGGUGCCUCCGCUAAAAGUUAGACAUGAAGAAGGUCCUGAAAAAUAUCGUGGCCCUGGUGAGGGAGCACCCGGCUGGGAUCCCACUGAAGAAGCUGUCGAUGUAUUACCAGCAGAAGUACCACACCAACAUGAUGAGCCUGUCAGAGCUGGGCUUCGACUCCAUGUUCAGUCUGGUAGCUUCUCUGCACAAGGAUCUGGUCAUGGAAGGACAGCUGGUGUUUCACAGGGAGCAUCGCACUGAGGCAAGGGCCAGAGAGGAACCUGGGGCGAGUUCGUCAGCUGGGGAUGGAGCGAAGGCACAGACCUCAAAAGGCAAAAUAAAAAAGUCAGACGAGGUUCGAAAAAAUCUUCUGGAAAUGAUGGAACAACAUCCAGGUGGAAUCCUUCUGUCUAAAGUCGCUAUUGUCUACAGCCAGACCUUCCACCAAAACCUGACCGUGGCCUCUCUGGGCUUCAGCUCCAUGUCCGACUUGAUUGAGUCCUUGAAGGACGAUCUCGUGGUGAAAGAAGGUCUGGUCUUCCACAGGAGUCACCUGGCUCAGAAUCAACCUGACAGUGCCUUCCCAGCAGAGGCCGCCAAGUUGAACAGACCCAAUCGGGCACAAACACCGCCAUCCCUGCCCCGCCUCGCUGCUGAGCCACAGCGAGAGGUCAGCUCUCAGUGUGUGAAUCUCACCCAGCUGCCUUUGAUGUCCACUCCCACCUUCUUCUCCGGUCACAUUUCAUUUGGUGACCUGCCGACGCCGGCCUCCAGGCCCGCUGAGAAACUCUCCCAGGAGGAGCUGCACCAGAGAGUCAUACAGGUGAUGAAGAAGCACCAGGUGGCUGCGCCGUCCAUGGAUCAACUGCAACAGCUGUACAGGCAGCAGUUCGGUGAGCAGUUCCCCAUGCAGCAGUACAUGUCUCUGUAUGACAGUGUGGAGGCCAGGAAGCCGCCGGCUCAGCCCGAACUGGCAGCAGCAGCAGCAGCAGCAGCCAGGCCGAGCUCCACGUGGCAGAUACCUGCAGCAACAAAGAAUCCAGAGGAGCAGGGAGCAUCUGGACCCUUCAUCUUCCAAGGCAGCGACUUUCCAGCACUGGGAGACGACCGGACUGCGACCACGGAGGAGAAGAAGAGCAAAGUCAAAAAAAUCAGAAUAGAACCCGCCGCCCCCGUCUUCAGAGAGGGGUAUCACGCCCAGCUGAGAGACGUCCUGGGAGGUAACAUGAGGGCAGUGGAGGCCAUGGAGGACGAGGAUCUGCGGGGACUAAGAAGCACCAGGAACUGGGUGAAUACGGAUUCGGUGAACAGCCUGAUGGAGGGCGUGAUUCGACAGAUCGCUGCCGAGGGAGAGCUGGUCACUGAGCAAAAGGUGGUGUCCCGGGUGUGCAGUCUCAACCCCACUUUGAAUCCAGGAUCACUGAAACCCAGGACUUACCCCGCUCUCAAAGACCUUCAGUACAUCAUGAGAGAGAUCAACAUCUUCAUCGAGUGCACCGAAGCGGUGUCGUCCAUCUGCACCCUGUAUGAGCUCGGCCAGGCGCUGGCAGGACUGAAAGACAAGAAGCGCUACGAGGAGCUGAACCUCGGACCCCUCUGCAAACUCCCAAUGGUCCACCGCAUGUUCAAGAUCAGCGCCAACACCAAGGACGACGAUGUCUGCCAGAUCGAGACCGUCGACAUAUUGAAGCAACUCAACAGUUUCAGGAGGAAUCGUGCCAACGUGAGGGUUGACCUGGCCGAGUUCAUGAAGCACCUGGCCGACCACUACAACUGUGACUCUCCCUACGAGCUGGGCAUCAGGAUUCACAGCGUGGCGCUGCCCAUAGCGACCAUUUCCAAAGUGAGGCGCAACGAGCACGCCAUCCUGGAGCAGGCCAGGGAGGUGAUCCUGAAGGAGCUGGAGGAGGAGACGACGGAGAGGCUGAGGAAGCUGAAGAAGAACGUCCUGGAGCCGGUUCAGAACGCCGCCUCCUUCUCCUCCGCCUGCAACCUGGAGCUCAGGAAGAAGUACGCCUCCAUGACGGCGGCGGAGGUCGUGCUGGAGGUGUUCACCAACGCACAGGGAGUGUUCAGCCCGAAGAAGAUCAAGCACGCCCAGAACUUCCUGCUGGAGGUUUCAGCCGACCGGCUGGCCAUGGCCCUGUUUCAGCUGGCGGUCUGCGGAGGAUCCCUGGCCCCCCCUCAGGACCUGGUGCUCAAAGAGAAGGCCCCCAAAGCCACGGAACAAACUCAGGCCAACGACAAAAGUGACAUUUUGCUCCCGAGUGAAGCCAAAGUGAAGCAGUUCCUGAAAGACAGCCUGUCUGCCCAGAACUCGGCCAUCACCCUGGCUCACAUCGCAUCUCUGGAGAAGAAAGUGGCCAAACACUUCCAGGUGAAAGACUUCCUGUCUUUGGAGAAGGGCAGCUUUCUCGACUUCCUGGUGAAGAACAUUCAGCUCCUCCAGGACUCGCUGGGCUCCGCGUUGAUUCUGAGCAGCGGCGGCGGCGCGGAGCUGUCCGGCACCGGGUUCAAACCCACCAGACAGGACGUGUUCGAGUUCAUCAAGCACUGCGGAGACGUGACCUCCACCGAUCCAGACGAGCUGUCCUACAUCGAGGCGGCGCUGAGGUCUCACUACAGGGUCCGGGACAGUCGGGACCUGGGCUACGGCCCCCUGCACAUGCUGGCCGGCCUGGUGAAGCGCCAGAAAGCGCUGUUAGGGGGAGGGCUCAGCCCGGUGUACUACGAGUCAGCCAUGUUUGCCAAGCUCAGCAAAUCAAGUUCCGAAGGCGGAACCGAGACGGUGGGCCGCCUGGGUGAAGUGUCCCGGGCUCAAGCCCUGGCCUGCCUGCUGUCCUGCCCUCUGCUGGAGGAUUUAAGCGAGUGGAGCCAGUGGGAGCUGAUCUUCAAACCCGUCCACGGCUGCCUGAAAGAUUUCAUCGAGAGACAUGCAGCUAACACCGGCCUGGCGGCGUUAGAAGUGACCCCGGGUCUGCUGCUCCGCAUCACCACGACCACACACACCAGCGACAGGCACUUCUCCAGCGCCGCCGAGGCCCUGGACCCCGUCGGCGCCGCCGGUCACCUCGUGUCCAUGGCUGUGGCCGACGGCAUCGCCAACACUCCCACGGCCCUCCUGGCCAAUCACAUGGAGAGGGCUUUGGCAGCCGCCAUGGGGAACGCAGAUUUGUUCCCGGCUGAAGAGGACGGCCACAACGCGGUGGCCAAAUUCCUUCUGGCGUGUCUGACACGGAUCCCCGCCAGAAUAUGCCAGGCUCUUCUGCAGCAGGUGUUCCUGGAGCCGUUCUCCCGAGUGGUGGGCCAGGCUGUGUCCAAGGGGGUCCUGAUCACCGCGGCCCAGUCCGACCCGAAGCACCUCAACUGUCUGCACCGACUUGGCAUCCUGAUGGGGAUCACCGACUGGGUCAGGGACUACCAGAAGAAGCUCGACCCAGACAGGAGCCACAGCUACAGCACGUGCAGCGCACCGUCGGAGCAGGCCAAGUCUAAUUUGAUAGAUUCGGAGAGCAGCAGCCAGUCCGCUCUGAAUAUGAGUGAAGACGAGUUCUUGGAGGAAAGCGUCAUGGACGACAGCUCUGUGUUCCCACAGCUCAACCACAGCUCACAGCCAGUCAACGGCGAGCAGGAUGGAGGGGUGGAGGAAGAGGAGGAGGACGAAGAGGAACUGUAUGAGUUGGUCUCGCCCGCUGACGGAGAGACGUCGGAUAUGAGCAGCGAAGCCGAUGGAGCACGGGGGGAGGAAGAGAGCCCGGAGAAGUCCGACAGCGAUGAAAAGGAUGCUGGGAGCUGCCAGUCGGAGACCGCGCUCGAUCCCCACAGAGCCGUCAUCGAGGACAUCCGGAAAAGUGAGUUUGGCAUCGGGGUGGAGUUGACCGCCGAAGGCCAGAAGCUGAUGCAGGUCCACCAGGAGAGGCUGGGCCGCAGCCUGGACCGCCUCUCCACCGAACUCUACAGCAAAGACACGCACUUCGUUCUGGAGCUCAUCCAGAACGCCGACGACAACGGUUACCCGUCGGAGGCCGGCGUCAUCCCCGCGCUCGCCUUCGUGGUGGAGAAAGACUGCAUCACCGUGCUCAACAACGAGACCGGCUUCCAGGAGAAGAACAUCAGGGCCAUCUGCGACGUGGGCCGCAGCACCAAGGGCAAACACAAAUACGGAUACAUAGGACAAAAGGGCAUCGGCUUCAAGUCCGUGUUCAAGGUCACAGACUGUCCGGAGAUUCACUCCAACGGCUUCCACCUGCGCUUCGACAAGACCUGCGGCCCCAUGGGAUACAUCCUUCCCCACUGGAGCGAGGACGAGAGGCCGCUGGGGGCACAGCUGAAGGACGUCAGUCAGCACAGCUGGACCACUAAGAUCAGCCUCCCCCUGCGCACCGAGAGCCAGCAGACCAGAAACCUCUUCCACGACGUGCACCCGUCCCUGCUGCUCUUCCUGCACCGCCUGCGCUCCAUCACCAUCUGCAACCAGAGCGAGAAGCGUGUGGUGACGAUGACCCGGAAAGACCUGAGCCACAACGUGCUGGAGGUGGAGCACACGGACGGCGUGGAGCGCUGGCUGGUGGUGAAGAGCACGCUGCGGCCCACCGCCGCCAAGACCAAAGAGGACGUGGAGUCGACCGAGCUCGCUCUGGCGUUCCAGCUCGGCGGCGACACGGCGGGAAGCGACGCGGCCUGUCAGCCUCAGAAGCAGCCCGUGUUCGCCUACCUGCCGCUGCGCAGCUUCGGCUUCCGCUUCAUCAUCCAGGCCGACUUCGACAUCCCGUCGUCUCGGGAGGACGUCGACAGAGACAGCUCGUGGAACCAGUGGCUUCGAUCUGAAAUACCAAAACUGUUCCUCCAGGCCAUGGAUGUAUUUACAGAUCACCCAGAGUUCAAGGGGCUGAAGGGCCUCUGCCACUUCCUGCAGUUCGUCCCCCUCCCCGACGAGGUGCUGGACUUCUUCAAGCCGGUCGCUGGGAAGAUCAUUCAGUUGCUGAAGGGGAAGGCCUUCCUGCCCACACAGAGCUCAGACGGGACGGUGGUGCUGAAGUUCCCGUCCCAGGUGGCGGUGUGUCAGGACGCGGUGAUCCGCGACGUGAUCGGCGGCGCCGAGCUGGAGCGGCACCUGUCGCUGUCCUACCUCCACCCCGGCCUGAGCCCCGCCCCGCCCGCCUCCCUGCUCGCCCACCUGGGGGUGCGAAGCCUUCGGGGAUCGGACGUUACCACGGUAACCACAGCCAUGGCCAAGGAGCUGAUGAGAGUGGAGGGCAUCCAUUCAGAUGGAGGCCUCCGGCAACUGGCCAAGCUGCUGGUUUGCAACUUCCGAGCUCUGGAGCACGGCUACGGAGAGGCCGACUCCGUCCUGGAGACCCUCCGAGAUCUUCCCAUCAUCCCCCUGGCUGACGGACGCGUGGUUGCGCUGAGCGGGGAGGGAGUCUUCUUUCCAUUGGAGGAAAGCACGACCAAGAAAAAGAAAGCUCAGUCCCAGAAAGGGCCGCUGUCCGCUCUGUACCAGGACGUGAGCGUGGUUCACCCGUCUCUCCUGAACUGUUUGGAGCCUCUGGAGUGUCAGCAGGUUCGAGAGCUGCUCAGGCGACUCGGGGUUCACGAGCUGGAGCCUCAGGAGCUGCUGGAGCAACACAUCUACCCCACCAUAAGGAGCAACAAGUGGAAGACGAAGCCCGAGCCGGUGGUGGUGAGUUACCUGGUUUUCAUCAAGCAGCACUCCUCCUCCAGCCAGGAGGACUCAGACGCUGCAAUACCAGUCCUGACCAACAGGGGCCUGCUGUGCCCGGCCGAGGAAAAGGUGCAUUUCUCCCCCGGGUACGGCAACAUCGACCUGCCAACGCAACUGCCCGGCUGCGACUGGAUCCUGCUGGAUUCCUGCUACGUGCAGACGGACGGCGACGUGGCGGGAUGGAGGGAGCUGUUCAGCCGCCUGGGAGUCAGAGACGGCCUCAUCAUCCGCAAGGAGAGGCGAACGUUCACCGCCGCAGACCUGGCGUCCGGGCCCUGGUCGGUGGAGAGCGCCGCGUGGCGUCAGAGCCCGGCGGACGGCUGCGUGAUCGACGACUACCCCUGCGAGGAGUUCCGGGCCCUGGCCACGGCCGACCUGCCCGGCCCCCGCCUCCUGCAGCAGAGGGCGGCUCUGCUGAGGCUGCUGGAGACCAACUGGGACACGGGACACCGCUACUCGCAGUACCUCGCGGCGCAGCUGCUGGACGGCGACGGCAGGCCGGUCCGAAGCAUCAAGUCGUCCUUUUACCACUACCUGUGCCGUCUGGAGUGGGUGCCGGCGUUCCGCCCCCAGCAGGGAGGCCAGCAGGAGAGGAAGUACCUCCGUCCCAGCUCGGUGUACCUCACGUCCCCCGAGGUCUCCAGCCUGCUGGGGACGCACGUGGACUACGUGGACCUGGACUCCAGCGAGUUCAGCAGAGCUCUCGGAAUGAGGCAGACCGUCUCAGUGGACGUUCUCGUCGACUACCUGAAGAAGUGGUGCCUGAAGACGGCCGAGGCGGAGGACGAGGACGAGCUGGGCGGGGCGUCCUUCACCUCCACCGUCCAGCACAUCCACAACGUCUACACCUACCUGCAGGCCAACAGCUCCCAGAGCAGACUGAAGGAGCUGUUCCAGCACACGCCCGCCGUCUUCGUGGAGGCCAGCAGGCUGGACGGCGACUGGACCUCGGGGCGCUUCUUCCACCUGAAGGAGGUGUGCUGGAGCGACUCCACCGGGAUGUUCCAGCGCUACAGGGCGCACACCCAGAGGGCGGACAGCCCCGUCCAGGAGCCGCGGGUCCUGGCUCCGUUCUACAGCCCGCUCAAAGACUUCUUCAUCAGGCUGCUGAACGUGGAUCCCAGUCCCAACAUGAGGCAGUACGUUGGCCUGCUGGAGGUGAUCUGCUCCUCGUCUCCCAUCCCAACCGCCGAGGUGCUGCAGGACGUGUCCGUGCUGUACGCCAGACUGGCUCUGAGGUGCAAGAUUCUGGCAGCCGGGGAGCAUGAGAGCAUCUCUCAGCCCCGUCUCAACCCGGGCUACUGCUCCACUCUGAAAGGCAUGGUGUCCGACAAGAAGGUCUUCCCCACCAAGGACAACAACUGGGUGAGUCUGGCACGUAAGCCCAUGAUCAGCGACAGCAAGGAGCUGGAGAAGAUCUUCAAACCUCGCAAGGUGUGUCUGCUGAACCUGCCCCCGGCAGAGAGGAAGGCCCCGUCGAAAACCAAGACCUGGAACGCCGGAGAGCGAGCGCCGCCGCUGGCCUUCGAUGAGACGGACCGUCUCUUGUUUCUGGAGAUCUGCGGGAUCUGCCCGCUCUCCCAGUGCGUCACGUCGGAGUCCCAGACCGAGGCCUUCAGGCCGUGUCCCUCCAUGCAGGCCAUGGUGCGCUCGGUGGUGCCUUACAUCCAGAGGUUCCUCUACCACCACGACGAGAUGAGCCAGGUCUACGCAGAGCUCACCGACGGCAACAUCGCGGCCAAGAUCAAGAACCUUUCCUUCGGACAGGUGGGCCGGCUGUACAUCCGCUACCAGCUGAACCAGGCCGACGGCGAGGAUCCCGCCGUGGAGCUGCAGGACGUCAUCUGUCUGCUGAAGGACGACAAGGAGCUCUACAUCCAGAAGGAUCACCUCUCCGCCCAGCUGGACAUCUGCAGGGAGCUGGUGAAACUGUUCUGCAAAGAGAGCAGCCACAGAAAAGAGCUGAUGCACUUCCUGAGCGGCCUGAUCGCCUCGCUGAGUGACCCCAGAGCCCUGAAGAGAUUCCUGGACAAGGAGGACAUCAGAGAGCUGCCCGGUGGGGAGGAGCCGUGGGAAGUGCCAGAGCCCCCCAAACCGGAGGUCCGCCUGGAGAGAGUUGUGUCCCGAUCGCCGUCCGUCUCCGUGGAGGAGGCGGCUAAACCUGAAGCGAAGGACGGGGAGGAGACGCUGAAGUGCUGGCCUCCCCGAGCGCCGCUGCAGAGCGCCGCGGGCGUCCGCACAGCUCACGCGGACAGCGGCGCCGUGGACGCCGUCAUGAAGAGGUGGCCUCCGCCGGCUCCCCCGAAAGACUUGGAGCGGGACGCCGCCGUCCGGCCAACUGGCCACGAGGGAGAGCCGAUCAGGAGCGGCGUUCCCUCCGAACAUCCUCCGACGGUCCUCAGACAUUCGCCUCACGACUCCACCGGCACCCCCAAACCGCCAGUGGCAGAGCCGAGAGAGACCGCCAAGGCUAGAGAGGAGAAUCAGGCUCCGCCCACUCAGCCAUCGGCCCCGCCUCCUCCUCCUCCUCCACCUUCACCUCCUCCUCCAUCCGCUCCUCCCACCGAGGCCGCCGAGGACCGUCCUGCUGCCAACGGCCUCGCCGCUCCGGACGCCGUGGUGCUCUCCAGCACCUUCCAGGGCGGCGCCGCCCCGGCCCAGCGGCCGCCCCUCCACCUGGACUUCCCCCAGUGGUCUUCACAUGCCACGCUGGAGGACAUGGUGCUCACCUGCCAGAGACCCACCACCAUCGUCUUAUCCGACGACCAAACGGACGUGGCCGCCAUCGGCGAGUGGGGCGAGCAGCUGGUCAACUCCUUCCUGACCCACUGGAUGGACAGCGCCGACCCCCGCCGGCCCUCCCAGGUGUGCUGGUGCAACCAGAGCGGGGAGAGCGGCCAGCCGUACGACUUCCGGCUGAGCUUCGGCGAGACGACGGUGUUCGUGGAGGUCAAGUCCACGGUGAAGCGGGAGAGGGCCUUCAUCCAGCUGUCGGCCAACGAGCUGGACCUGGCGCUGAAGGAGAAGGAGCGCUACCACCUGUUCAGGGUCUACAGCGCCGGCGACGCGCAGAACGUGCGCCUGUGCCGCAUCCGCAACCUGGCGCAGCACCUGCACACCAAAGACCUGGCACUUUAUCUGUUCGUGUAGCGGCGAGGGCCUCCGGCCGCGACCACGCCUGCCUUCUGGAGUUCCUACUACGUGCACUGAGUUCUUUUAUGUGUUGCCUACUCGUUCAUUCUUCUUAAACUACACAAUAUUUCAAGUGUUUUUAUUUUUUGUGUACAUUUGUAGCUCUUUUGUAUCCCUCCCUACCUCACCCGUACUCGAGCAUUCCUUUAAAUGUAAUAAAUUUGAAGCGUCCUUCACCCCUCUCUCUGGCCUUCAGUCCUGUUACCUGGGCGACAGGUGAGCGGACGACACUUCACCGGGAUCAGGUGGGGUCCUCCUGCUAUUUCCAGGGUGCCCGUAUAUUUUUGUUUAAAUCUCUUCAUCCUUUUUAAAAUAUCUUUUUGCAGAUUUUUUUUUUAUUAUCUUUAAGUAGUAAUUUCCUUGUAGUAAUUUUGUGCUUCUUUUUUUAGUUGUGUAUUUGUAGUUGUUAUUUUUGCUAUUUGUUUUCAUUUUAGGAGUUUCAUUUGUUUUGUGUCUCUUUGUUGUUUUAUUGUUUCCUUGUUUUUUUUUUUUUUUGUCUCUUUUUAU